AUGGCAAACGAUCGUGAAAUAUUACGUGAAAUUUGGGAGGGAAAAAUUCCAGUACACUUUAAGCUAUCGGCAGACGAAACCGAUGUCGAGCCGGAAGAGUACUUUCUGCUCAUACCGCGCUUAAGCUAUUUUCCUCUUGUUACUGAUAAAGUACGGAAACACUUCCUUCGAUUCGUAUCCAACGAGCUGCAGGAUGGAGAAAUGUGGAUGGACAGCAACGGGACACCAUUGAAGUGGCACUUCCCUAUAGGUGUUCUGUACGAUUUGCUCGUCGGUACUGAUGGGACAUUGCCAUGGCACGUAACAGUACACUUUUCCAAAUUUCCAGACGAUAUUCUUAUUCGGUGUCCAAACAAAGAAGUAGUUGAAGCGCACUUUAUGUCUAGUCUCAAAGAAGCCGAUGUACUGAAGCAUCGCGGACAAGUGGUUUCCGCAAUGCAAAAGAAAGAUCACAAUCAACUAUGGUUAGGAUUAGUUAACGAUAAGUUUGACCAGUUCUGGGCAGUCAAUAGGCGGCUGAUGGAACCUAUUCCGGAUCAGGACGGCUUCAAACACAUUCCAGUGCGGUGCUAUGCCGAGGAUGAUGGUACGUACCAGCAAAAACUAGUCGCACCCAGCACUCCAUCCGGUCAGAAGCGUCUAUUGCAAGAUUUGUUGGACGAUUUCUCAGCACCUGUUAGGAAGGCAGUCGAGGCAAGAACCCAUGGCGUUACGGUCCCGGAAUCGACUCCACUGCAGUGGCUCUCGGAACACCUCAGCUACCCGGACAACUUUCUGCAUCUCUGUCUGUCGUACGCCUAA